AUGGCAAUGAAUAUCGAUCCUCCCGAUGUAACAUUCCAAGCAUCUGGAGGUAACGCUACUGUUAAUAUAAUCAAUCAAACCGAAGGCAGACUUGGUUUUAAAGUGAAAUCAACCAACAAUGAUCAUUAUCGUGUUACACCAGUAUAUGGUUUUGUUUCAAAAGGUGACAAAACAGAAUUGACAAUAAUUCGUCUAGAAGGACCACCUAAAGAGGAUAAAUUUGUCAUUCAAUGGGCUGAGGUACCAGACGAAGAAGAUGAUCCACAGGCACCAUUUAAAGCUGGAGCGCAAGCAGGCGAAGUAAUUUUGCCCAUUAAAGCAGAAUGA